AUGUUGGCAUCAACAAGUGUGUCAAAAGCAUCAAACUUGGCGCGAAUAGUAAUAUUACCAAUACGCUCAUUCCACGAUCGAAGUUCUGUUCCACGAGUCGUCGAUGAUCGUGAAAAAUCGUCAGCAAAAUAUACCGAUGCCGGCUACAACUUCAGAUAUCAUCAAAACGGUGUCGACGCGCUUCCAAGAAUUCCCGAUUGUAAGGUUCCUGUAGCAAGACCAGAUUUCAAAGUUCGUGAACCAUGGAGUGUUGAAAAUGCGAGAUUCGGGCAAAAUGAUUAUAUCGAUUUGCUCGGCGAUGGUUCAAUUCAUCCGGCUCAACUUCAAUAUCAUACACCAACUUGGUUGAGAGGAUUUCCAGGUUUGUUUUGAUUUUUUUUUGAAUUUUGCGUUUUAACAACACUUUUCGAUACAGGUCAACAUCGCGCAAACGAACUCGUCAAACUCAUUCACUAUCGAAAUCUUUAUGACUCGAAACUCAAACAAAAUUCACCAAAAAGAUGGCAUGAACUACGAAAACGUAUCAAAUAUUUGAUGAUGCAGCACAAUUAUAAUAAGCAAGAUGAAUUGAAUCGUGAAAGAGAUCUUGGAUUAUGGGAUGAGAAACCAGACUAUACAUUUAAAGAUAAAUCAAGAAGAUCAUUCCGGGAUGAGAUUCCAUGA